GUCUCUUGCUGCAGCAACGCGGGUGGGAGUACCUGGAGCGCGAGCUUGGAACGAGAAUCCACGAGUUGUAAGAAAAUGGCAGACAAGCCGGACAUGGGGGAAAUCGCCAGCCUGGAUAAGGCCAAGCUGAAGAAAACCGAGACGCAGGAGAAGAACACCCUGCCGACCAAAGAGACCACUGAACAGGAAAAGAGGUGUGAAAUCUCCUAAAAGCCUAGGAAGAUUUCCCCGCCCCACCCCUUCAUCU